GUAUUUGCACAACAGACCCGGAAAAUAAACUUUCACCGUAAAUCGAAGGCGUCGUUUCCGUGUUCGUAGCUAACAGCGCGCGGACCGUCAGAAAACUUCAUCUGAAAGCUUCAUAGUUUGAGCUGUGAGUGACUGUUGAACGUUGGGAGCGACUUUUCCAACCGUUUAUUUCCGUUAGGAGCGGCUGAGCGUUACUGCGCUGAUUUUAAUGCAGAGGUCGAAGCUCGUCGAAGUUUAACGAAGUAAAAUCGUGAGAAAAGUUGGUUUUCUGUGGGUCCAGCGCCGAGAAAGACAGGAGGGAGAAAGAGGAUAUAACGGAAUCACAGGUUUGAACCGAACACAGCCGAGAAAACAAGAGAAGAGGACGAAACAAACAGGGAGAAAGACUGAAAGUGAAAGUAUGAAUCAGUCCAGACGCCAUUUUGACUCCACAGCAGAAAUAAACAGGACGUGUGCAGGUGUUACAGGUUUACCUCUCAGACCAGAGAAGAUGAAUGAUUUGGAGGAAGAGGAGGACAGAGCAGAGUCUCCAGGAUCCAGCUGUCUGUCUAUGAAGAGUGACUGGUCCAAAGAUUUUCCUCCAGACUUCAGUAAUGAACCUGGACCCUCAGACAGAAAACGGAGAGCAGAGUCUCCAGGAUCCAGCUGUCUGUCUAUGAAGAGUGACUGGUCCAAAGAUUUUCCUCCAGACUUCAGUGAAGAACCUGGACCCUCAGACACAAACAGUCAUCAGACACAGUUUCCACUAAAGAGGAAGAGGAGUGGUGUUUCUGUGGAGGAGCAGCUGUCCUGCUGUGAUCUGUGUCAGGACGUCCUGAAGGAUCCAGUCUCUACAGCCAGUCAGACCAGCACUGUAUGGGGCGGCUGUGGCUCAGGAGCAGAUAGUGGUCUGCAGGAGGUUUUAGAUGAACAUAAGAUCAGUCUGAGGAGGAGAUGUGAACGUGUGACUGAAGGAACUGAUGGAACAGGAAGUAGAACCCUCCUCAACAGGAUCUACACUGAGCUCUACAUCACAGAGGGACAGAGUGAAGAGGUUAAUACCCAACAUGAGGUGAGGCAGCUGGAGACAGCUUCCAAGAAGAAGACCCUCCAUGACACUCCAAUCAGGUGCCAGGACAUCUUUAAAGCCUUACCUGACCAACAGAGACCCAUCAGAGUGGUUCUGACCAACGGCGUUGCUGGAGCUGGAAAAACCUUCUCAGUGCAGAAGUUCACUCUGGACUGGGCAGAGGGCUUGGAAAACCAAGAUGUCAGUCUGCUGGUUCUGCUUUCGUUCAGGGAGCUGAACCUGGUCAGAGAUGAGCAGUACAGUCUUCUCACGCUGCUCCAUGUUUUCCAUCCAACAUUACAGAAGGUCACAGCAGAGAAGCUGGCUGUCUGUAAAGUUCUGUUCAUCUUUGACGGCCUGGAUGAAAGCAGACUUUCACUGGAUUUCAACAACAGGAAGGUUGUGUCUGACGUCACACAGAAGUCAUCAGUCAACGAGCUGCUGACAAACCUCAUCCAGGGGAAUCUGCUUCCCUCGGCUCUGGUCUGGAUAACUUCCAGACCUGCAGCGGCCAAUCAGAUCCCUCCUUCAUGUGUUGACAGGGUAACAGAAGUACGAGGCUUCACUGACCCACAGAAGGAGGAGUACUUCAGGAGGAGAUCCAGUGAUGAAGAGCUGUCCAACAGAACCAUCUCACACAUCAAGACCUCCAGGAGCCUCCACAUUAUGUGUCAAAUCCCAGUCUUCUGCUGGAUCACUGCUACAGUUCUGGAGCACAUGUUGACUACAGAGCAGAGAGGAGAGCUGCCCAAGACCCUGACUGACCUGUACUCACACUUCCUGCUGGUUCAGACAAAGAGGAAGAAGAACAAGUACCAUGAGGGACAUGAGACAAGUCCACAGGAGCUGACGGAGGCUGACAGGGAAGUUCUUCUGAAGCUGGGGAGGCUGGCGUUUGAACAUCUGGAGAAAGGAAACAUCAUGUUCUACCAAGAAGACCUGGAGCAGUGUGGUCUUGAUGUGACAGAGGCCUUGGUGUACUCAGGAGUUUGUACAGAGAUCUUCAAAAGAGAGAGUGUGAUCUUCCAGAAAACAGUCUACUGCUUUGUUCAUCUGAGCGUUCAGGAGUUUCUGGCUGCAGUCUACAUGUUCCACUGUUUCACCAACAGGAAGACACAGGUACUGGAGGACUUCCUGGGAAAAGACAGAGACUCAAAACCAAAAACUUUUCUUGGGAAGAUUUCUAAGAUUUUUGGAAACAGUGGUCCAUCUCUGGAUGUCUUCCUGAGCAGAGCCAUGGAGAAAUCCCUUCAAAGUGAAAAUGGCCACCUGGACCUGUUUGUUCGCUUCCUUCAUGGCCUCUCUCUGGAGUCCAACCAGAGACUCUUAGGAGGUCUGCUGGGUCAGACAGACAACAGUCCAGAAAUCAUCCAGAGAGUCAUCAACAACCUGAAGAUGAUGAACGUGCCCAACACCUCUCCUGACAGAAGCAUCAACAUCUUCCACUGUCUGAUGGAGAUGAACCACCACUCAGUCCAUCAGGAGAUCCAAGAGUUCCUGAAGUCAGAGAACAGAUCAAAGAAGAAACUCUCUGUGAUCCAGUGCUCAGCUCUGGCCUACAUGCUGCAGAUGUCAGAGGAGGUUCUGGAUGAGUUGGACCUGGAGAAGUAUAAGACAUCAGUAGAGGGGCGACGGAGACUGAUCCCAGCUGUGAGGAACUGCAGAAAGGCUCGACUUGAUAACUGUAAACUCUCAGAGAUUCACUGUGAAGUCGUGGUCUCAGCUCUGAAGUCCAACCCCUCCCAUCUGACAGAACUGGACCUGAGUAGAAACAACCUGGAGGAUUCAGCAGUGAAGAUACUGUCCUCUGGACUGGAGAGUCCAAACUGUAGACUGGAGACUCUGAGGUUGAUUGACUGCAGGUUGUCAGAGAUCAGCUGUUCUUCUCUGGUCUCAGCUCUGAAGUCCAACCCCUCCCAUCUGAGACAUCUGGACCUGAGUAACAAUGACCUGCAGGAUUCAGGAGUGAAGGAGCUGUGUGGUUUUCUGCAGAGUCCAGACUGUAGACUGGAGACUCUGAGGUUGAGGGGCUGCAGGUUGUCAGAGAUCAGCUGUUCUUCUCUGGUCUCAGCUCUGAAGUCCAACCCCUCCCAUCUGAGACAUCUGGACCUGAGCUACAACAAGCUGCAGGAUUCAGGAGUGAAGGAGCUGUGUGGUUUUCUGCAGAGUCCAGACUGUAGACUGGAGACUCUGAGGUUGAUGAACUGCUGUUUGUCAGAGAUCAGCUGUUCUUCUCUGGUCUCAGCUCUGAAGUCCAACCCCUCCCAUCUGAGAGAUCUGGACCUGAGUCUCAACUACCUGCAGGAUUCAGGAGUGAAGGAGCUGUGUGGUUUUCUGCAGAGUCCAGACUGUAGACUGGAGACUCUGAGGUUGAGGGGCUGCAGUUUGUCAGAGAUCAGCUGUUCUUCUCUGGUCUCAGCUCUGAAGUCCAACCCCUCCCAUCUGAGAGAUCUGGACCUGAGUGACAACAAGCUGCAGGAUUCAGGAGUGAAGGAGCUGUAUGAUCUUGUGCAGAGUCCAGACUGUAGACUGAAGACUCUGAGGUGGAAGUGGUGAUGAGCUGUGUCCUGAUGAUCCAGAUGUUGAAGCAGCAGCAGCAGCAGCUUGUGUGUAGAGAGGCUCUGACUGGACCAUGUUACUGGGAGGUAGAGUGGAGAGGAGAGCUUCAUCCAGCAGUGACUGACAGAGGAAUCAGAAGAAGUGGAGAUGACUCUCAGUGCUGCAGUCUGAACUGAUCUGAGAACAGCUCCACUGUCAGACACAGAGUCCAGUCCACCAUCAUCCCUGUGUGUUCCUCUGGAUCUGACAGAGCAGCAUCAGUGUGUCUGGACUUCAACUUGAUAACGUUGAGCUGAAGUUAAUCUGAGGCUUCAGCAGUGUUACACAAAUCAAGUCAUUCUCUUCCACAGUUUUUCUCUUUGACUCGUCUUUAGUUCUGGUGUUUUUACAGCAGAAUAAUGAUUCAUUUACAUUUACUCACACUGUUCCUAUGAAAAAAAGAAAAGAUUGUUCCUCUGUUUUUUAGUAUUUCUCCAUUCAUCCAUCAUCACAGUCAGAGGACACUGCAGAGAGGUUUUAGUGAGGAAAUGACAGUGACACAGUCAUUGAAAUGGUCUGCAGCUCUGUACUUCUGUCAUCAACACUCUGCUUCUUUGUUCACUGACGUUGGAUGUGACAUGAUGUUAAAAAUAAAGUGUAGAUUUCA